ACAGGAACGCAAAAACAAGAUUUCUAUUAUUCACACAACGACCAAGGCAAAAGUAAGAAGGAAAUAGUUGUCCCAUGCCCAGGCUGAUAUUUACUUACGCUCUCUCCACAGUGUUGCAGCCAAAUUUGAGGUGAAAUUCUCUUCCUGAGAUCUGGUCGUAUCGCUCCUCUGCGGCUGUCCCUAGCCAUCACCGCAAGUCGUCCGCAACACGCCUAAAACGUCGUCCACUUUCUCCGUGCUGAUACCACCACCACAACCAACCACCGCCAUCACCAACAACACCAAUAGGGGCUGGCCUAUUUAGCAGAAACACCAGUCUCCUCGCCCACUCGAUCCACGGUGGUGCGACCAGCACGGCAUCCACCGUUUUCCAUCUCGCCCACUGACGAACGGCGAGCACACAGACUCCAAUGCCCCCGAUAUUCUCUCCUUCUGCCUCCGCUAGUGAGUCUGCUUCAGCAUCAACAUCAACGGCAUCAGCCACAGCUACAACUCCUACGACCAAUACAACCAAUACAUCCCCCAUAUCCGUCCCUAGCACGCGCCGAUCAACCAGUCAAGUUGCACAAUCUCUCGCCUCCUGGUCCGACACAACAUCGACAUCAAUCUCACCCGCAUCCCCUUCUCCUAUAUCCUCGCCUACGCCUACACCAUCCUCCGCCGACAACAGCCAUAAAAAUAACGACAGUAAUACCAUUUCUCAUAGAAACGAAUCCCUAUCCCCGUCUCCUGCAGCGCAGAAACAGCGCUCCUCCUUUCUACGUCGUCUCUCUCCCGGCCUAGCUGCCAGAGUCAAGCUGCUGGACGGCUCGUCCAAACAAACAUCGACGGCCCCGACAAGGAGCAGCAGCGUGAUUGGCAGGAUCCCCGAAGACCAUCUCAAAGAGUUGGAUAGUGCACACAGGGACCUCUCAAUAAAAGUACUACGACGCGGCCGAGCUUGGAGUGGUGGACGCCGUGUAUUGCUCACGCCGGAACCGGCCUCCUCCCCCAGCGAGCUGGAAUCAGGGAGGCUGAAGGGACACGAUACUACAACUACGGAGACUACCAGCCCCGAAGCAGACGUCGGGGUCUCAGAUCCUUCUGAGUCGUUAUCGACUGCUCAAGAGGGACAACCAUUAGCAGAUAUGUCGACUCUGCAGGGUGUACAAACCACGGUACAGGACGUUGGAGCUUCCCACGGUUCAGAUCCCAAUUCCUCCACGGGCACAACGGACUUGGAAAGGUAUCUUCGCUCAAGCACGCAGUCCGAAGAAGGUGCACCCCCUCCGCCGCCAAAGGACUCCCCCCCUGUACCAGCUAAUGGCUCGAGUACCAAUGUAGAGUCGUAUUUCAAUCCUCUGGGCCUGUCACGCACUGAAUCUAUUUACUCCUUUUCCAGAGCAUCAUUCAGCAAUCAACUGUCUCAAUUAACUUCCAUCAGUUUACCUCAACCCGCGUCCCUCGAAGCGAGCAUUAAAUCCAUCGCUACCGCGCCUGCUGCCGUGCGAGCGUUGUCGGGAGCCGCGAGUCAAAUACAACAAUGGAUAAACAAAGCUUCGGAUGUCUUGAGUGGGCUGGACGCUGAGGAUGAUGUUGAAUGGGCGGCUGCUGGCGGCAGAGAAGGACUGGAAGAUGUCGACAAAGCGGUGACAAAGUUUGAGAGCCUGGUGAAUGUCUACGUCAAAGCUAUCGAGGAGGUACAGCUACGCGAUGAUAUUUCAGAUGUCGGACCCGAGCCGCUCCAAGCCAUCGUUGUUCAGGUGGAAUCAACUCUGAAGAACUGGAAGGGCGUUAGAUCACAGCUGAGAGGUGUUAAGGAGCAGGUUGAGCUUGCCAUGGAGUGGGAGGAGCUAUGGACGAACGUUCUUGGCGAUGUGGGCAUGGAAAUGGAUAACUUAAGUCGGCUGAUAUUCGAGAUGGAGGAGAAAAGACACAACACAAUGAUCAUGGAAUCGGAGACAGAACAUAGCAACGGACUUGACCUCGACGAGCUAGAGACAAUUGUUGAAGAGUCCCCCGCCAAUGGGGGUACGCCAUCCUCUUUACGACAUAGACAUGUCCCUCCCGCCCAACAGGAACCCUCCACCGUCCAGAAUACCCAGGAUGACUCUAACUUACUAGCUUUGUUUGCGCGGAUGCAACCCCUUCGAGCAUCGCUGGACUUCCUCCCUAUGCGACUUUCAAUGUUUCAAUCUCGAGCGGAGAAAAUAUUUCCAAGUGCCUGUGAGGAAUUAGAGGAUCGGCGAGAACGUUUGGAAAAGGGUUAUAAAAAGUUGGAAACGGAUGCGGAAGCGUUACGGCGCGAAUUGGGCGAGGAUAGAUGGGUUUUGGUUUUCAGGGAUGUUGGCAAGAAGGCACAUAAAAUGUUCGUGUCGCUUGAACGAAGUGUCGAUAAACUCCAGGAAGCGAUUGAUUCGGGUCUCCACCACACUGGUUCCAUGGCAUUGUCGAAGAGGAUCGAGAGCUUUGGCCAUAAAAAACUCCAUAUUGGCGAUGCCAUCAACCGCGUGUUGGCAAUCAUACAGAAGGGUAUUAACGAUAGAUUGACGGUCAAUGGGGAAAUUAUUAGAUUGCUUGCAGAUCUAAAAACAAGGUGGGAAGCGAUGCAAGACAAGAUUCGCGCCAUGGAUAUGCUCCUGGAGGACCUCAAUGUUGCCAGAAGCCAACAGUUACGGGACUCGAUAUCCAGCAUCGUCACGCUUGAUAGUCCUGCUAACAGAAGUGCCAUUGAUACUCCUGAUAGCUCCCCUGCUUCUUCAGUGGUCAUGUCGAGUGCCAAUGGAGCCAACAGCGGGGUAGCAUCAAGCAUCAAUGGAUCGAGUAGAAGAGGAAGCUCUACCGGUAACGCCACCACAAAGGCCACUGCAACAAAAUUGAAGCGCUAUUCCGGGCUGCCUCAAGCCUCCUCCGCCCCUCGCCGCUCCUCCAUCCCCCGCACCACCUCCAGCUCGAGCCACCUCACACCACCAUCCCCACGACUCUCCACAUUAUCUCCUUCACCCUCCACCCCUCGCCCUGGAUCCCGAAAUUCCUUUGGAAAACCCAACCCUACAUGUACCAAGCCGCGCUGGAACAAUAGCCCUAACACGAAUGACCUUGUAGUGGGUCACAACUUUAAACCACUUAGCCUCACCACGCCAUCCCCGCACCGCAAGCUCACUGUCCCCACAAGUUCCCGCUUCUCCCUCCCCAUCCCUAGCCCACUCAGCCGCGAGUCAUCCGCCUCUCCCGCCCCUUCUUCCUACCGCCCCUCAAGCCGACUCACAGGCAGCCACCUCACUUCUCCCGCCCCAGACCGUGGAGGCGCGUCACCCACCCCCACACGCUUCCGCUUCAACGACCCACCCCCUUACAGCAAACUCUGCAAGGAUCCGUCCUCUGCCUUGCCCAGCCCUUCCCCUUUACUAGCUACCACGCCCCGCAGCCGACAAAGCUACGCUGGCCAACCCAGUGUGCGAGCGGUAUCGACAAAUGUGGGCAAUACUAUGAGUAACGGUGGUGGUGAUAAUGGCGCGAAGAAAGCCGUGACCCGGCCCGGAACGGCAUUGGGCCAUUCGGGUAGACGUAUUAGUAUGCUGCCGCAACCACGCGCAACACGGUCGGGGAGGGACAGCGUCGCGCUGUCUUCGAGGGGUUUAGAUGAACGGCCACCAUGGAGGUAAGCGCAGGGAUUCUUUGGGGGAUGCUUAGCUACGGUUUUGUGGGGUGUUCACGUAACCAGUUUGUAUAAGAAUGAAUUGGGGGUUCUAUAAAUGUCGCUGUGUAUUUGUUGGGUAUCAGUUGAAAGUUGAAAGCUGGCUCAUUUUAGAUAUAUUUGUCUUCACCGUCAUCUUAGUUUUCUCUUUCUCUUUCUCUUCUUCUCUCUUCUAUUCUAUCAGAUCUGUCCCCUUUAAGCCUCUUUGGUUUUUGUUUUCUUUUAAUUACCCAUCUGCGUCCAUUAUUGCUGUAUAUUCUGUCCCAUUUGGGCGUGCCCUAUUUACCUUGCCCCCCACCGCCUCUCACACCAUCAGCCAUUCAUAUGCUCCUCCUGUGUUUAGUUCUUGUUUCCGCAGCGCUUCUUAUGUCUGGAUAUUACACGUGGAUGGAGACACUAUAUUCCCCCUUUUUUUUAUCCCUCGCACGGUCGGCGCAAUUUUCUCCCUAUAUAAUCCAUCGACAUACCACCACCACCUUAGGUUCUCACAAUUCGCUUUCUUGCCUCUUGUUUAUUAAUCUUACUUUUAGUUCAUCCCAUUUACAAAUACCGCUUUAGCUUUCAGCUCCUCUCCUCCCUUCCAAUUUUUUUCUUUUUUCUUUCUUUCUUUUUUGUAUAUUGAUUCUUUUUCAUCUUACUCUGAAAAUCCUAAACACUUUUGAGCAUCUUCCGUUUUCCCGCCAUCUCCUCUGAUACCUCCACUCUUCCUCCCCUUACAACACUUGAGCUACUCUGAAUAUCAUGCGUUGAAGCCAUUGAAUAACAGCAGAAUUUACGACAUGAGGGACAAUAGCGAAACUCCCAAGAACAAGACCAAGAAGCAACGACUCCCUUCCCCGAUUUCUCUUAUCCACCCUGUCAACUAUUGUUUUAGCUAGGAUUGCAAAAUUUUCAAGCGCUUUUUUUAUUUUUUUUAAUUUUUUUUUUAUUUUUUAAUUGUUAUUAUUUGCCUUAAUUU